ACCACUGCAAAUCACGAAAACACUAUGCGCAGCAUGCACGCGGAUACUUGUGUGCCCGCGUCUCCAUCCAAGAUCCUGGCAGUUGUUCUCCAACAUGGCGACGUCAGCAGCUAAGAAGACGGGGAAUAAGACCCUAUCCCUGACUAACUUCCUGGCAGAGGACAAGGGGGGUAAUGCACCCCCAAGUUACCCCCCCACCAAGCCCACUAGCAGCUGGGCUGAGGAGACAGAUGACCUAGACACAGAGGUAUCCACCUCCUGGCAUACAGAGGAGGAUAUUUCCCGGGCCCCAGCCAUCGACCGCACCAUCCUGCCCACAGCACCCCGUUCAGCCCGGGCCCCAGCCAUCGACCGCUCCCGCUCUUGUAUUCCUCGCGGUCCCCCUUACACCGCCUUCCUGGGCAACUUGCCCUACGACGUGACUGAGGACUCCAUCAUGGACUUCUUCAGGGGCGUGGGGAUCAGUGCAGUACAUCUUCCUAGAGAACCCAGUAACCAAGACCGCUCGAAGGGUUUUGGCUAUGCUGAGUUUGAUGAUGUCGAAUCUCUCCUGAGUGCCUUGAGUCUAAACAAAGAGAACUUCGGAAACAGAAGGAUCCUUGUGGACAUUGCAGAUUGUGGGGAUCGCUAUGGUGACCGUGGUGGUGACCGAUACGAUAGACCGGAGGAAAGCCGUUGUGACCGAGGUGCUGUGGAGAGGCCCAAGUUGAUACUGAAACCCCGUAGCCUACCUAAAGAGGUGGAGCAGAGCAGUGCCCCGUCUGCCCGCUCGGACAGGGCUGCCUCCAUCUUCGGUAGGGCCAAGCCAGUGGACACGGCUGCCAAGGAGAGAGAGGUGGAGGAGAGGCUGAAGAGGGAACAGGAAAAACUGCAGCGAGAGUUAGAAGACAGAAUCACCGACCACAAUCCCAGAGAGAGGCACCCCAGCUGGCGCAGUGAGGACCAACCUGCAGGACGCUCUCAGACUGGCAGUGAGUCUUCCCAAACCAGACAACCGUGGCCAAUCUGGCAGAGCCUCCAAGCGCAGGGAGAGCGAACGCUCGGUGGACAGUGGGCGUGAAGAGGAGCCCUCCUCCCCUGUGGCCGAGCCCUCCCAGACAAGACAGUCCGCCUUGCUCCACCUCCCAAGGAGAACGCCUGGGCCAAGAGGACCACGCCCGUUGGGGGCUCCAGUGAGGGCGAGGCCCGGCCACCGUCUCCCCCGCAAUGACACACCCCUACAGCUCACCAGCUGAUGAUGAAGUGCCUCAGGCAGAUAAAGAAGAGGUCGAUCGCAGCGAAUAGAUACAGUAUGCAGCCUUGAUAUAAUGGACGCAGACCCACAUGACAAUAUGGAGGACAAUGCAUAGGGAGGGUGAAUGAAAGAAGUGAAGAAGAUGGAAGAUGCAAAGAAUGAGGUCUGCCCAGCAACCUGGCUGGAGCAGCUCUACAGCUCCCUUCCUGCUAACCUGCUUAAAGAGAAACCCACCCCACUGCCGGCUGGCUGCACCUUCAAGAUUGGACCUAAACAUAGAGAAAUACUAGUCUGGGUACCAGUCUUUUUAGCUAACAUUCCACUUCUUGUCACUCCUGACAAUUUUCCAAAUCUUUGGCAAGGAGUGUUAUGUAAUAUAUCAAAACAGAGACAGCAACCAGGUUAGAGAAAUGCUGGACGGGUUUUUAAUAAGGUUGAAUUUGUCAUUAUAAAAAAACAUGUAAAAGGUGGGGUUGAGAGAUGUGUAGCUACAUGCGUCUUCACCACCCGCCAGUCGAGAUGCUGGACUAUGUAGGUUCUCUGAGCUCUAAACCUGGUUAUACUAAUGCUGGAGGGUCUAUCUCAGAGGGACAGACUGGAGUUUUAAAUAAAAGAAAAGACAGGAAAGUCCCCUGUUUUAAGGGGCACAAAAAAAUGUACUGUGGGGGAUGCGAUGUUUGUGUUUCUCUGAUCAUCAUCUGUAGCCGUCAUUAACUGGAUCUUUUCAGCCACUGUCCCAAUAUACCGCCAAUGGCUUCCUCUCCAGAAAGGAAACGCUUCCUUCCUUCCACCUCAUCCGGACCUGCCUGAAAAUCUCCUGGCAAAACCAGGAUGUCAUGAAAAAAAUUGUGUGAACUGUCCUAAAUGUAUUGGAGGCAUGAUCUUCACUCACUCUUAUCCAUGGGCCAUGUGUUGAAUGGAAUUGAAUGCAGAAGGUGUUUUUGACAUUGUAUGUACUGUAUGUAACCCCACUAUCACAAGUGAAGAAGCACAUCUCAUUGGAUGUUUGUUUCUCUAUGUAACGUGCAUGAAUGUGGAAACAGACUCAUGUGGUUCUUUAAGCCAUGGGAAUGUUGAGAUGGAUUUCAUCAACUCCAUGUGGGUAGGUCACAGAGUGGGAGAGAUUUACCAAAGUGGAUAUAAGGAAUGUAUUUUAUGGUAUACCACUACUAAAUUAUGCAAGUUUUGAUUUUCUGAAUCUAACCCAUCACUUCACAGCUUAGUGCGUUAUUCACCCACUUUUUCCGUUUCUUCUGUUGAACUGGGCUUUAAGUUUCUCUGUCACAUUUUAGGUUCUCUUGUUCACUUCAAAUAGAUAAAAAAAUACAAUAUUUGACUGUUGAUCUUGUAAUAUCCUGUAUAUCCUAACCACCCCUUCCACCACACCCCUGACCCCUGUGACCUUUUAAGCUGGGUUUUGGCCCAGGUUGUGACCUCUGACAUUCAGUUCUCCACUUCAGAACGCUGAUGGGAAACAGGCAUUGCUGUGUAACUGAGGAGAGAGGGAGCGAUGGGAGUAAGCUGGGGUCUGAGGACGUCGUGGGUCCUGAGGCAUAUACUAUAGUCUGAGGAUGGCGUGGGUCCUGAGGCAUAUACUAUAGUCUGAGGAUGGCGUGGGUCCUGAGGCAUAUACUGUA